UACAAGUGGCUUAAUCAUUCCAUGGACCCACAUUCAUAGCGCGUGGAAUUUAAACUCUUAAUUACUCCCUAAUUCCUGCUUAAAUAAAUUAAAACCCGCCAAUCGAACCACCAUAAAGUCAAAAUCACACCCAAAAAAAGUCAACCAUCGGAAAAACCCCCAAAUUCCGAUCAAAACCCUAGCUCCAUACCUCCAUAACUCCAUGAAUCCGAUCAAAUUCACUCAUCUCACCGUCUUAUUCAUCACGAUUCUGCUGUUAUUAACCACCGAUCCACCGUUAACCGCCGCGGAGGACGAUAUUCAGUGUUUACGAGGUGUUUAUCGAUCGAUCAGUGAUUCACGAUCGGAGUUAUCGAACUGGAACUUCUCGAACAACACUCGAGGAUCCAUCUGCAGCUUCACCGGAGCAUCCUGCUGGAACGAUCAGGAAAACCGCUUAAUUUCGCUCACACUUCGUGAUUUCGGACUCGCCGGAACGAUUUCGUCGGAGUUACAGUUCUGUGCGAGCUUACAGAACCUAGAUCUGUCAGGUAAUAAUCUCACCGGUUCGAUUCCUCGUGAAAUUUGUAGCUGGUUGCCGUAUUUAGUUAACCUAGAUCUAUCGAAUAAUGAAUUCACUGGGGAGAUUCCGGAAACCCUAGGUAAUUGUUCUUUUUUGAAUUCGAUAGUUCUUUCGGGAAAUAAGUUGUCCGGUAGGAUUCCGGAACAGUUCUCUAAGUUAGGUAGGUUGAAUAAGUUUUCGGUUGCGGAUAAUGAUCUAUCCGGUUCGAUUCCUUCGAGUUUGUCGCAUUUUGAUUCAUCGAGCUUCGAUGGAAAUAGUGGACUUUGCGGGAAGCCGGUUGGGAAGUGUGGUGGUUUGAGUAACAAGAGUUUGAUAGUUAUUGUUGCUGCUGGUGUGUUUGGGGCUGUGGGAUCAUUGUUGUUAGGGUUCGGGUUGUGGUGGUGGUGUGUUAGGGCAAAUAGGAUGAAAAGAAAUGGUGUUGAUAGAGAUGAUGAUAGUAGUAGUUGGGCGGAUAAGUUGAGACCGUAUAAGCUUGUUCAAGUUUCGUUGUUUCAGAAACCGUUGGUUAAGGUAAAGCUUGUGGAUUUGAUGAUUGCGACGAAUAAUUUUAGUAGAGCGAAUGUUAUAGUGUCGACGAAAACAGGAACAACUUAUAGAGCUGAUUUGUCUGAUGGCUCUACGCUUGCGAUUAAGCGACUUAACAGUUGUAAGAUUCAUGAACGACAGUUUCGGGUGGAGAUGAACCAGUUAGGUCAGCUUAGACAUCCUAAUUUAACUCCUUUGUUGGGUUAUUGCAUAGCGGAAGAGGAAAAACUGUUGGUUUAUAAGUACAUGUCUAAUGGGACUUUAUCGUCGGUUUUGCAUAAAAAUGGGAAGUUGUUAGAUUGGCCCACUAGGCUCAGGAUUGCGCUGAGUGCAGCUCGAGGGCUUGCUUGGCUUCACCAUGGUUGUCGCCCUGCGAUAUUACUUCAAGAUGUUAGUUCUGAUGCUAUAUUUCUAGACGAGGAUUACAAUGCAAGGAUUGUUGACUUUGGAUUGGCUAGACUUUUGACUUCCUCUUCUGAUCAACCAAAUGAGAUUAGUUUUGCUAAAGGCGAUUUGGGUGAGUGUUCUGCAAAAGGUGAUACAUAUGGUUUUGGUGUAGUGCUCAUGGAAUUAGCAACUGGGGAGAAUCCCCUUAAACCAACUGCUGCUGGAGAAGGGUAUAAGGGUAAUUUAGUAGAUUGGGUAAACCAACUCUCCAGCUCGGGAAGAAUUGAAGAUGCCAUCGAUAGGAAUCUGUAUGGUACGGGUCAUGAUGACGAAAUUAUUCAAGUUCUUCGAAUUGCAGGUAAUUGUGUGGCCGCUCAACCGCGGUCAAGAUGGUCAAUGUAUCGGGUUUCUGAAGCACUGACUGGCAUGGCAAAAGAACCAGGUGUCUCACAACAUUAUGAUGAGUUUCCGCUUCUUUUCAACUUAAAUGAUUUGGAUGAGACUGUUUGAUCCGUGGUGAUGAAGAUUUGUGAAGAAGUUUUGACCACAUGGUCAAACCCGACCUCGAAAAGCUUUGUGUUAUCUUAUUGUUCUACCGAGGUAUGUUUGUUGUAAGUUAUGUACUCCUUAUUCUUGCUGGCUGUCGUGGUACAUUUAAUAUUUGUUAAAUAUAAGUGUAUAGUCUCAUGCGUAUUUCAUUA